AUGUAUCAUCGUACUGAGACACAGGGCAGCUUAAUGCUCGAAAAAGCUAUUUUCUUAGAAGACAUUAAUUCAAACAUGACAUCUAGAGAACGAAAGUUCAAAAAAAUGUUCAAUAAACCUUCAAAAUUGAAUAGUUAUGCAGAUACAUCAACAAUUGAGUGGUAUUGGUGGUGUCGUUUACACCCUAUGAUGCUUCAAGUUUUAUCUGUGAUUACUGGCAUUCUAUCAGUUGUAAUUGUGUGGUCUGAAAUGACAUUUUUCAAAAAACAACCAGUGCUCUCUAUUUUUGCUCUCAUGGUCAAUAUGGCAAAACAAAACAAUGAUUAUGUUAUGAUACAGGUGUUAUCUACAUUGUCCAUUGCUUAUUUGGCAUAUUGUACAUAUUCAACAAUAUUUAAGAUAAAAUUGCUUAACAUAUACUACCUAGCACCAAACCAUCAAACCACUGAAAGCAGCCUAAUUUUUUUUGGAUUGUUAUUGAGUCGUUUAACAUCACCAAUGUGUUUAAAUUUCCUUGGACUUAUUCACAUGGAUAGUCAUGUGAUAAAGAGUCGUAUUCUGGAAACUGAUUAUACUCAGAUAAUGGGUCAUAUGGAUGUUAUUACAAUAAUCAGUGAUGGUUUCAAUGUAUACUUUCCAACCCUCAUACUUGCUGUAUGUUUAGCAACUUAUUUUAAUGUUGGAACAAGAAUAUUGUCCAUUUUAGGAUUUCCUCAGUUUUUAGAAGAUGAUGAUUUGGUUACCGAUUACAUUCAAGAAGGGCGUUUGUUAGUGGUUCGAGAAAAAGAAAGGCGUGAACGUAAAAUACGAGGUAACGAAAUGCGUCGUAAAUAUAGAGAAAGGUCUCUACCAAAUGCAAAUGAGGAGGUCGAAGAAAGAGUUCCACCAUCUCGGAAAGACAACAUGAAAUCAUACUUGUUGGAUAAUGCUGAUCCCAUUGAUCGAUCCUAUCAUAGCUACAGUACAAAUGAUACUCAUGAAGUAGAAAGACAGUUGCCCAAUGUGAGUACAAGGCCUAACAGUACGUGGGAGCCACCAAGGAAUAUAUUUAGUGAUUUAUAA